AUGCGCAUUCAAUUCAAAGACUUUACUUGUAUUUCCUGCAAUGAGUCCUUUGAAAUCAGAAAUAAUUAUGACCAUCAUAAAAGUUCGAAAAAGCUCAAAAAUGAGCUCAAGAAGAGAGAGCUCUCUGGGCGAACGCUAGGAGCGACCAGCAGUUCCGGAAGACGACAAAUUCGAAUUGGCUCCGAAGAAUUCCGCAAGGGCUCGGUUGAUGAAUUCUUCUUCGAUGACGAAGAAUUCCCCAAGAGCCCGGAAGGGAAUCAAAUCAUCACCACCGACACGAUCAACGAGCUUCUGGAGAAUAUGUCUUCAGACGAAGAUGAAGAGAUCGAUUCCAACUGGGACGAGCAACUGGAGCUUGAGUGGGACGACUCCCUUAUUGACACGCCCUUGUCUACUGCUAGUUCGUCGCACGACUUCCAGAGCCAAGUGCAGAAAAUCGUAAUAAACGGGAAGGAAUACAAGAUUAACUGCUCCGUCAUUGCUCCCUACUUGGACGUUUUACAACACGCUGGCUACACCAGAGAAGGUCUAUCGGCAGUGAUCGUCUUCCAAGCGCGGAAAUUGCCGCUCAAGACGGAGCCCAACUACGCCAAGAUCAUGCAUCAUCUAUUUCUUCACUUUUUGCUGGAAAUUUCUAAUUUGGUUGCUGAUUCGUAUUGCUUACUCGUCUUUACUCGCGAGGGAACACUUCCACCGCUAAAAUGGCUGCGCGAUUGUUACCGACUGAUCAGCAGGCCACUGCGGAAGUCGCUUCGUCAAUUCGUGGUGGUGGAACCGACCUGGUGGACGCGUCUAUCGCUAGCAGUGGUGCGUCCCUUCGUUUCCGCCAAGUUUUACCAGAAGAUUGUCACGUGUUCAUCGAUCGACGCGGCCGAAGAAAUUGUCGAUUUUGACUCUCGUUACGCGCGCGACAUGAUAGACAGCUAG